GUACUUAAACCAUUCCAACGUUAAAAACUAAAUUUAAAAUUUUAUAUUCAAGAUUUGGUUUUAAAAGAAAUAAAACAAAUAAAAACGAAAAAAAAUAUUAAGUGUGGAGUUAAUAUAAACAUAAAAGCAAUUAAAAAAUGGAUGCAAAUACCUUCAGAGAAUUUGGCAAAGCUGCUGUUGAUUUUAUAGCUGAUUAUAUGGAAAACAUUAGAGAUUGUGAUAUUUUGCCAACGGUACAACCUGGUUAUCUCUUCGAUCUGUUACCCAAAGAAAUACCCGAAAAACCCCAAGAUUGGAAGGAAGUUUUACAGGAUAUUGAUCGUAUUAUUAAGCCAGGCAUUACACAUUGGCAAUCACCAAAUAUGCAUGCCUACUAUCCAACAGCCUCAUCGUAUCCCUCAAUUGUGGGCGAUAUGCUGGCAAAUGGUUUCAGUGUUAUUGGUUUUAGUUGGAUUUGUAGUCCCGCUUGUACAGAACUCGAGGUUGUUGUUAUGGAUUGGUUGGCGAAAUUUCUCAAAUUACCUCAACAAUUUCUCCAUACUACCGAUGGUCCCGGUGGUGGUAUAAUUCAAGGUUCUGCUUCUGAAUCCGUACUGGUGGCUGUUAUAGCGGCUCGAGAACAAACUGUACGUCGUAUGAAAGAAAAGCAUCCCGAAAUGACAGAAAGUGAAAUUAGAGGAAAACUGGUGGCCUAUUCCAGCGAUCAGAGUAAUAGUUGCAUUGAAAAGGCUGGAGUGUUGUCAGCGGUACCCAUACGUCUGUUGCCAGCUGGCGAUGAUUUGAUUUUCAGAGGAGAAAUGUUGCAAAAAGCAUUAGAUGAAGAUUUGGCCAAAGGUUUAAUACCUAUUAUUUGCAUUGCCACUUUAGGUACGACCGGUACCUGUGCAUACGAUGACAUCGAGUCUUUGGGUAAAAUUUGUAAUCAACAUGAUCUGUGGUUACAUGUUGAUGCUGCGUAUGCUGGUGCUGCGUUUGCUUUGGAAGAGUUUUCAGAGUUGAGAAAUGGUCUGGAAAUGGUUGACUCCUUGAAUUUCAAUUUACACAAAUUUCUUAUGGUCAAUUUUGAUUGUAGUGCCAUGUGGCUAAAGGAUGCUAAUAAAGUGGUCGACAGUUUUAAUGUAGAUCGCAUCUAUUUGAAGCACAAAUAUGAGGGUCAAACACAAAUACCUGAUUUCAGACAUUGGCAAAUACCUUUGGGUAGACGUUUUAGAGCUCUUAAAGUAUGGAUUACAUUCCGUACUGUUGGUGCCGAGGGCUUAAGGGCUCACAUACGUAAGCAUAUGGCUUUGGCAGAGAGAUUUGAAAAUUAUGUACUAUCCGAUCCACGCUUCGAGGUGGUAACUAAGAGAACACUUGGUUUGGUUUGCUUCCGGCCCAAAGGUGAAAAUAAACGCACUACCGAUUUGUUGCAUUAUAUUACUGAACGUAAGAAAAUCUACAUGAUACAGGCCAAACAUGCCGGUAAACAUUUCUUACGUUUUGUUGUUUGCGGCAUGGAUCCCAAGGAUGAAGAUAUUGAUUUUGCUUGGAAAGAAAUACAAUCACAAAUGGAUAUUGUUUUAGAGAAAGAGCAAGAACUUCUGAUAGCAUCUGUUAAGCCAGAUAUCACAUCGAUAAGUCAACAAAUAACCUCAGAUUUACAUAUAACAGCAACAAUGGAUAAUGAAAAAUCUAAAUAAUAAUAUAAU